AUGUCCACACCGUCGAAAUUGGAUACAUCUUGCCCACCACUUUCAACGUUAAAGUUGCCUAGGUUACUGGCAUCGGUUCCACCGACCUCGAAACAUCCCGAGAUUUCAGCACCACCUACUUUGCCACAUAACAUAUCAGCGUUUUCCACUAUGAAUAAUGUUAACGAUUCUUAUCAACAAGCUAUGCCCAAUACAGAAACAACAGCGAAACCCUUACCAAAUAAACGUGGACGGAAGCCUUUGACCACAAUGCCGUCUGCUAAAAAACAUUAUCAAAACUUAAAAAAUCAAAGAGCAUUUCGUCAGCGUCGAGCGAAUUAUGUUCAAGAGCUUGAAGAAAAGGCCUCAACAUUUGAAAACUUAUAUAAUGAAGUUCUAAAGGAGAAUAAAAUUUUAAAAGAAAAAUUGAGGUCAUUGAAACGACAAUAUUCAACUGAUUGUGAAGAAAAUGAUGAAUGUGAAGAAAAUGAUGAAUGUGAAGAAAAUGAUGAAU